UUCGCCUCUUGUCCGGGACCUGACCUCUCCGGAAUCACGGCGAAGCUGCGGUGCACGAUACUCUCCGGCAACCAGCCGCCGUUAUGGGCCUCUUUAAGUUCACAUGUGCGAUCAUUACCAGAGCGUUAUUUAUCCUCGUCUCCCUGGCCGGGGUCGGGAGGGUGACAUGGGUGAAGAACGACCACUACUGGUUCCUGACUAUCCUCUUUCUGCCGCUUGUCUUUGAACUGAUAAUAACUCUGAAGAGGCGAAAGGGAGAAGAUUACAAAUGGUUUUCUCCCCCUAUCUUUCUGUUUCUCAUCAGUAUCAUUCCCUCUAUCUGGAUCCUGGAGCUCCACCACCGGCAGAACAAAGCCAGGGACCCCCAGUGCAAAAAUCUCGACUCUUGGGAGAAUGUGCGUAAAGUGAUCACUCUAAACGAGACCUUGGGUAACUUCACAUACCAGAGCUACGUGAAGAAUUUUAAGCAGGUGUUAUCGACAGUCUGUUCCAAUAAUUGGAUCCUGGCUCUCCAUCAGAUCGCGCUCAUCCUCCUCAUCGUGGGGAAGUGGCUGCUCCCCCUGGGAGGCGGAGUCACCCGUGACGAGCUCUCGCAGCUUCUCCUAAUUUUUGUUGGCACGGCGGCAGACAUCCUCGAAUUUACUAGUGAGACGCUGUCAGAUGUCAAAGAGAACAGUUCCCAGCUGGUCUACAUCAUCUUAGCUGUAUGGACUUGGAGCAUGUUGCAGUUCCCACUACAUCUGGCUGUGGUCACCUCUGGGCCAAGCAGUGAGGGUGAGCAGGGCGUCCGAGAGGCUUCUCUCUUUACUAAACACAGCAAGGACAUUUGGAGCAUCAUGGAGACACUGUUCAUCCAGGAUGGGCCUUUUCUGGUGGUCAGGCUCACUGUCAUGACCUACUUUGACGUCUUCCACCAGAUGCUGGUUUUCUUCGCCAUCAAGAACUUUCUGGUGGUCAUACUGAACUUGUACAGGAUGGCUGUUAUAUGGCAGGACUUCAGACCUUCCACCAGUAGCACCGGCCGUGACGUCGCUGUCCAAUGAGUUGGAUUUGUCAGCGUUUAACAGUUAUAGCAGGCCGACAAAAACUGCAGCUGGAGCAAGAAAAGAAGGAAACGCUUGCUACUGUUUUCUUCUCACAGUGUUGACUCUGAGAAAUCAAUUAGUUAUAGAUAAAUAAUGCUGUGGUGAGCAGAUAACUGUGAGUAACUAUUCUCGUAUUCUAGCAAGGACAAAGUUGUCGAGUUCACAUUCCCAACUGCACUGCCCAGCAUUUUGAAAGCUCAUUCCAAAACUCAUACUUCACCUCAUUGACAUUUCAGUCCCUCUGAACCUUAAAUGUGACUAUGUGUUCAUGAACAGGCUAAAAUCUGGUUUUAGUCACAUACAAAGAGUCCUUGCUGAAUGUAUCUGGUUUGACAGAAUAACUGAUGUGACAUCAAAAUAAAAGAAACGACUGGCAAGGGGGCACAGAGGAGAAGAAGGAAGCAGAGCAGAACAGGAAAAAGAUCCUGGUGAAAAAUAUCCUGCUACCAUCAAAUAUAAACAGAUAACGCACAUUACUAAGCAUGCCAGCAUUAUACAAUGUACGAAGGUAGACCCCAAGCACGACAAUCUGCUUAUCAAUGCAGCUGCUAUAGUAACCGAAGCCAGGCUACCGCUUGGAUAAGAAUUUCUAACAGUAUGAGGUAGGGAGAACGAGAAGAGAGGAAGACAGAGAGAUAUACUAGGUGAAAUAAAGGCUCUUGAGUGUUGACAGAAGCUGAGAUUGGAGGAAACUGUUCCUGGUCUUAACCAAGGUAGGAAGUUAAAACUUCCUAUCCUGUGGUAGUAAGCUUUUCAAUAAAAACCACUCUAUCAAAAGCUGAUAAGGAUUUUGUUUCAGUGAAGGAGACCAUGAAUUAUGAUCUUUUUACCAUUUAAAUGGGCAAGAAAUCAGGAAGACAAGAGGGAAAACACUAUUUUUCCAGUUUGACUGAUGUUAUUUUGUUCCUCUUGGAUAAUUGCCCUUUAAAAAUAAAUAAGAAACAGGUUAUCCACAGGUCAAAAAAACAUUGUAUUUGUUAUCUGAAAGCCAUUCUAUCCCUACUGUUACUCUUGGAAAACACUGUCUAACUUUAUGACAUGCUAGAAAGUAAUUUGUGCAAUAUCUUUGAAAAUAAAGAUACUGAAGACAUAAAAAUGCACUUAGGCAAACAGCUCAGUUUGAGUUGUGUGCGUGGCACACCCUUUGAAACCGUGAAUUAUUGUAGGCUCUAUAGUGCCAAAAAAAUCAGUAUUAUGACUCCCUGGUUUAUGUGAAGAUGUUUAGAAGACAUCCUCAAGACACAGUGUAAAUUUUAACUUGUUUAUUGUUUUUGCCAUGUGAUCUUUUUAAUUUUUUAUCUGGAAUAUCCCAAAAACCGUCUUAUCUCUACCAUAUAAAAUAAUCAUUGUCAUAUGUUAAUGUGAAUUGGUUUGACACAGCCCAAAUAAAACUAU